AUGUCCCUGUUGGAGCUCGAAUACGCUGCCACGGCCCCGAGACGUUGGAUAUCUCUGCCAGUAUGUCGCGAUCUCAAGGAAUUCUUGCUCCCAGAUACAGCACGUCUCCUCCGGCCACCACGUCAAGUGUUGAUCGAUCUGGGAAACCAGGAGCCUGGGAUCAUAACAUCGCUAUAUCUCAUUCCUGGUGGGCGCUAUCUUGUUACUUUCGCGUGGAACUGGAUAGGAGUCUGGGACCUCGGCAUGACGCUCUCUACCUGUGUUGAAGAUUUUCAGCCAUUGGCGAUCGCGCCUGUCCGCUACGAGUCCAUGUUCCUCGUUCACCCCACCCCGGACGGCAGGGGAUUUCGGAUAUAUCUCUCCUCCGACGUUGACGUUGGAGGAUCGGAUUCGAACGACUCUGAUGGUUCGGACGAUGGCCAUGAGCAGCUCUCCGAAUUUGUAAUUUACGAGAUCUACCCUGCCGAUGACGACGCAAAGCUUGAACGAAUCGCAGAGCUGCAGAAUCAGCCUCGGCACUCGUCGUUCUAUUCGCUUUCGGACAAUCGAUUGGUGAUAUUACACGGUUCAUACGUGAAGAUAUGGGAUUUCAAGCAGGAUACGUGGGCUGUUUGGACUGUUGAGGCGAAUUUGGACUGUUUACAGAUUAUUGUAACAGCCAAGGUCGUUAUUCUUAUUCAUACCCGAGGCAUAAACAUCUGGGCAACUCCUCUUCUUUCGUCAAGGAAGCCAGUAUUCUCCGAAAGUCAUAUAGCACCAGUAGCGCCGCUAUUCAGCAUCUCAUUCCCAGACACUGACCUGCUAGGGUUCGGGUCAUACUGCGAAGGGCCGUGCGAUUGGUACUCCGGACUUGCUCAACCCCUCUUGUUCGACAUAGUAGACACGUCCUUCCCCGACACAAUAGCCAGAUACAAGAUCCUAUUGGACAACGACCUGACCAAGGCGGAACUCGUCCGGCUCUCGACAACUUAUUUUCCGCUCGGGGACGGUGUCUUCGAGCCGUAUCGCUUCUGUGAGGGGACGCUGGUGGCAUGGUGGAGCAACAACCGAGACCGCGUCAGGGGGAUCCGCACUAGUUCGUCCACACCUGGUGAAGCGACCGAUCCCGCUUUCGUAUCCAAGGCGUACGCAUUGUGUCCUACGGACCAACAAAUAAUUGCCGACUCCAGUUUCUGCCCUAUCUCAGGGAGGUUUGUGUUCGUCGAGGGAUGGCAAGAAAUUCUCAUCUUCGAUUAUUUAGCUCCCUGUCCUGAAACUGAGUUGCAAAUAAAAACGGUUGACGUCGUGCGAAGAGAUGAUCAUCGCUGCAUCAGAGCAACUCGAUCAAGCUGUUCAAGCACCCCGCGCUUUCCUACACCCCGCCACAACAUGGAAAAGGGACCGAUCUACCGACUCUCGCAGGACAUGGUCGACGCGAUCAUUGACGCCAAUUACUCUGACUUGUUAAACAGGGCAGCUUUGUCUUCACAUCACAAGAGCUGCCCACUCGUAUGUCGCUCCUUCACCGCAAGAAGCCAGGCUAAUAUCUUUCGGAAUAUCAAACUCGGGACUCCGGAGGAGUCAGAGGAGGGCAGUCGAGAGCGCGCUUCACGCAUAAAAGAAUUGCGAGAAAUGAUGCAGCAAAACCCGGGUCUGUCGUCCUAUAUUAUGUGCAUCCACAUAAUCAUCACCCCUGACAAUGAUUGGCUCGGAAACGACGAGACAUUUCUCGAGGUUAUGAAGGCUCUCGUAAACGGGAAACAUGCAAUCGAAAGGGUAACGCUGGAGGGGCAUUACAGGGAGCUUGUCUGCCCAUCCGCCGUGCUCACAAAGUUCUUCCCUGUCAUCCUCCCAUAUGUUGCUUCCUUGGAGCUUCAAAGCAUCCCAGACUUCCCGUUGUCGAUUUUGGCCAGCUCCCCCAAGUUGAAGAUCCUCCAGGUUAGCGACACUGACCUCACGCUGAAGAAUCUCGACACUUUUUCGAACCACUAUCCUCCCUCAUCUCGUCCUCGACUUCAUCACCUAGAGUAUUAUUCCGCAGUUGACUCCAUCCGGACACUGGCAAAGUCACAAUCUCCGGAGUCAACAAUGACAGUCGAACUAUCGACGCUUCAAACUCUCAAAGUUCACAUGUAUAAUCUAGAAGACGUCAUCGUCUCUCAAGACCUCAUCGAAAAGGCAUCGGGGACUCUCCGGAACAUAUUCUUCUCAUCAACUGAUAAUCCAAAUUAUGUCCCUUUCACUGGCCAUAUCAAUCUCUGCCAAGUGCGCCAGCUGCACCGCCUGGUACUUGAUUUUGUUGUUGGCAACAAGACCGUCAAAGAGGAUCCACUCGCUGGAGUCAAUAGCAUUCUCCAGACUAUUAGAACGCUUCGGAUACUGGACAUCACAAUCCACGAUCAACUGUCCUAUGGGCAUAGCCCAGAGCACUUCAUCAAGGCAGAUUGGCCAGCUCUUGAACGCGAGAUCGGAAGGAUAUCAAAUGGGAAUGCUCUCGACGUGCGGAUCGAUCUCAGGUACUUAAUCCCAAGGAACGUCGCCAAGGCCAAUGUGCACGCCACCAUUGAAGAUGUCUUUACUCCCAUUUGUCUCAAAGCGCAGAACUUCCCCCAUAUCCGUUUGGAGACAGGAUUUAGGAUCGAUAACUUCCAUUAUUCUUAA